GAGUACUGAGGGGCGGGUCAGAGGUGGAGAUCCGGAUCCGGAGCGGCUGAAAGGCGGAAGUGGAGGCCGGAGCCUGGGACACAGCCGGGGGGAGAGGAGCGGAGCCUGUCCGAGCCCCGGCCUCAAGUAACGCCGCCGCCCCGGAGCCGCCUUGGAGUCCCCCUCCCCACUAAGUGCCUCUUUGCAUAGCACCGGCCCCUGCCCCCACGCUCACUGGUACCACUACAGCGGGACGGGCCAUGGCGGGUCGGGGAGGCGCAGCACGACCCAACGGACCAGCUGCUGGGAACAAGAUCUGUCAGUUUAAGCUGGUCCUGCUGGGGGAGUCCGCGGUGGGCAAAUCCAGCCUCGUCCUCCGCUUCGUCAAGGGUCAGUUCCACGAGUACCAGGAGAGCACAAUUGGAGCGGCCUUCCUCACACAGACCGUCUGCUUGGACGACACAACAGUCAAGUUUGAGAUCUGGGACACAGCUGGACAGGAGCGGUAUCACAGCCUGGCCCCCAUGUACUAUCGGGGGGCCCAGGCUGCCAUCGUGGUCUACGACAUCACCAACACAGAUACCUUUGCACGGGCCAAGAACUGGGUGAAGGAGUUACAGAGGCAGGCCAGCCCCAACAUCGUCAUUGCGCUUGCAGGCAACAAGGCGGACCUGGCCAGCAAGAGAGCCGUGGAGUUCCAGGAAGCACAAGCCUAUGCAGAGGACAACAGUUUGCUGUUCAUGGAGACAUCAGCAAAGACUGCGAUGAACGUGAAUGAAAUUUUCAUGGCAAUAGCUAAGAAGCUUCCCAAGAACGAACCCCAGAAUGCAGCUGGUGCUCCGGGCCGGAACCGAGGCGUGGACCUCCAGGAGAACAACCCCGCCAGCCGGAGCCAGUGCUGCAGCAACUGAGCCCCCCUUGCCUGCCCACUGCCCCCACCUCCUCCGCCUCAAUGACCCGACUGGAAUCCACUCUAACCAAUCGCACUUAACGACUCGGGCCACCACUGGGGGGGCAGGGGGAGGGGUCCACCAUGAUUUCUCCGUAUCAUUUUGAUCAUAGGCCGGAGUGAGUUAUUCCACCUGCACCUUUCUGUACAAAUACUAAUUCAAUUUUAAGUCUUAAGUCACUUUUUUAAUAUAUAUGAUCUGCUCUUCCCAUUUCCUGCCCUUUCUACUGCUCUCCCCCUCUUCUUCUGCUGGUAGUAGCCACGUGCCCCUGUUCCACCCCCACCCUGGUGUGUGGGGAGGCAGGGGUUGGAUCAGUUACCCUUCUUCCCCUCUUGCUGAUUAGCGGGCUCAGCAGGAGCAUCCAUAUCCUUACUGUGUCUGGAGUGUGCUUGGUUCUGGGUGGCGGGGCAGGCCCUUGGGGCCAGGGAAGGGAGAGGCAGCUCUUCCCUCAGCUGGCAGUCAUCAGGCUGCAGCGCCCGCCUUACCCCCCAACUCACAGCUGGGAGAGAACCCACAGCAUUACCACAGCAUUAUUGUGACAGCCACGAACCCAUUGCUCAUAGCCCUCUUCCCCCUCGUCCUUGGUCACCCUGACCUCUGGCUCUGAGCCCUGUUCUGACCAAAUCACGAUGAUGAGUAUUUGGGGGUGGGUGGGUAAGGGGGGGUAGUGGGAGGGAAUGGAACCAACUUUUUCUGUAUUUUGUAUUGUAUGUUUUCUUCAACAUGUAACCAAUCAGUAUCUUGUCAAUAUAGUCAGCCGAUCGACCUCC